CACGGCCAUCAUAGUCCGCUUUGGUGGGUAAAUUUUGAGCCCAGCGCACUUGAUCCGCCAAAAUCUUCCUACGCUGCCAUCAAAGUUCUAGACGCCUCCCACAGACGCCCUCGACCCCAGUAG